GGUGCAAACCAAGCGUGCUUGGUCACAAACCGGGCCGGGCAUCAUUGGGAGAAAGGAAGAAUUGCUGAUUAAUCAACGCUGAAUGAGUUUUCAGAAAUCACCUACUUUAUUAAUUUAUUCCCCAUCGUAGCUAGUACGUGUUCCUGUACACCACAUAAACGAAGGGUUUUGUGACACAGCGCAAUUUUUAGGUAGCCUGUCUGAGGUUUUCGCCAGCAUGUCUGUGUCUGUAAUCAUUAAAUGGGGUGGACAGGACUACUCCAUCAGUACACUCUCUGAAGAGGACACUGUGCUGGACCUCAAGCAGUCUAUCAAGUCCCUGACUGGGGUUCUUCCAGAGAGACAGAAACUCCUAGGAUUAAAAGUAAAAGGUAAACCAGCAGAGGAUGACGUGAAGCUGGGCUCACUGAAGCUGAAACCCAAUACCAAGAUCAUGAUGAUGGGCAGCAGAGAGGAGAGUCUGGAAGACGUUUUAGCACCUCCCCCGGAGAAUGAUGACGUUGUCAAUGACUUUGACAUWGAAGAAGAGGUGAUUGAAGUAGAGAACAGAGAGGAGAACUUGGCCAAGAUAGCCCGCCGUGUCAAAGACUACAAAGUGGAGGAGAUGAACCCACCCAGGGAAGGAAAGAGGCUGCUAGUACUAGAUGUGGACUACACAUUGUUUGAUCACAAGUCAUGUGCAGAGACAGGUCAAGAGCUCAUGAGGCCCUUUCUCCAUGAGUUCUUGACCUCUGCGUUUGAAGACUAUGACAUUGUAAUUUGGUCUGCCACGAGUAUGAAGUGGAUUGAUGCUAAAAUGAAAGAGCUGGGAGUGACAGACAACCCUAACUACAAGAUCACCUUCAUGCUGGACAGUGCAGCCAUGAUCACAGUGCACACACCUAAGAGGGGUGUAGUGGARGUGAAGCCUCUCGGGGUGAUAUGGGGCAAGUACAGUGAGUUCUACAGCAAGAGGAACACCAUCAUGUUCGACGACAUUGGCAGAAAUUUCCUCAUGAACCCACAGAACGGACUGAAGAUUCGUCCAUUCAUGAAAGCGCACUUAAACCGUGAGAAAGACAAAGAGCUCUUCAAACUGUCUCAGUAUCUUAAAGAGAUUGCCAAACUGGAGGACUUCUCUUUUCUCAACCACAAGCAUUGGGAGAGGUAUCUGUCAAAGAAACAGAGCCAGUGAGAGCAUUGUUGUGGAUAUGUGAAGGGACGGUCAUUCCUCAACCAGGAACAGUGCUGGACACUGAAGCCCUCACCAUACUACUACUGCCUGUUUCUGACUGGGAGCUGUUUCCCAUUGUAUGGCUUGUUCUUUGAUUUCUGUUCUUCCCCCCUCAUCUCUGAAAUUCUUUGUUACCUUCAGUAUAACAGUUCUGUCACCUAUCCAUAAACCGGGAGACACACGGUAAGUGCUGUACACAUACCGGUACACAGUUUACAUUCAAUGGUUUUUGUUAGGUUUCAUCCAAUCGCUCUUUCAGAGUAGUGACUCUAUCAUCUGUAGCUAUACGAACAUGUUCUAUGCUGAUACCGUUGCAUAUUCUCUUUCUCUCCCCCCCG